AUGUCCAACUUCCUCUCUCGUCACCUCUCGCAGGCACCCUUGCCGACAACGAGCCUAUCGACGGAGCAUACAGGCGCUAGCUCAUCGAGCAGGACGCUGUCCAAUGUCCCGCAGACAUCGCAGUGGCACAAUUGGAGCGCGGUCAAACCAAAUGCACCUGGUAGCAGCCAUUUGAAAGCUAGUCAUGAGACCAGUGGAUUCCAGGUCGAUCCUACUUUCAGGCGUGACGCAGAUCGACCGGGCGAUGUCCUGAUAAGGACAAGGGCGACGCCCAUUGAGGCAGGUGGGCAAGGCGAGGCUGAGAUGGUCGAGUUCUACUGCCAUCGCGAUGUCCUUUGGUUUGCAUCGCCCUUCUUUCGCUCGCUGCUCGAGGGCGACUGGAAGGAGACGAAUCUCGACUCGCCUAAGAAAGCCCAGGAUGAAGGCAACGGCGGUGAUGAUGAUGAUGACGACGACGACGACGAUUGCUUCUCGGAUGUUAGCGAUGAAGAUCUCGAGGAUGAAGAGGACGACGGCGCUGGUCAAGCAGCCACUGUGAGCGACGAAGGUCACGCGAACGUCAGCCCCGAGCUCCAAUCAACUCGGCGAGGAUCAGUCCGCUCCUCCUUCCACACGGCAACCUUCUCGCUCGACGACGCGCAGCACGAUUUAUCUCGUAGUGACACGCUGCAUCGUCUCGAAGGCAGGCGUAGCUCAGCGAAGAGUACGGGAGCGGCUACCACCUCCUCCUCCUCCAGCCGGCUGGCAAGCAUGGCCAAGUUAGCCACUCCUCCCACCUCCCGCCGUGGAUCCAGGUCUUCCUUUGGCGGUCGGCCGGUCAGUGUCCGUUCUGCUUCCAGUCGACGCCAACGCCAUCGCAUGGGCACCAGCAAGAAGCAGCGCAGCAAGGACAAGGCUCCAGCGCAUACCCCGUCAUCCCCAUACCCAACUCAUCGCCUAGCCGCUGUAAUCGACCUGCCAGAGGACGAUGCCGAGACGCUCUCUGCAGCACUUGCGCACGUUUAUCCCCACCUCUCUCUCAGUAUCACCUGGCGCAACGCAGCCGCCCUCCUCCGUUUCGCAGACAAGUACGACGUCUAUGCCCUCCGCCGUUGCGUCAUCGAAGACUUCCUGCGCACCUCCCUCGCCGGUCGACCCAUUCUCGCCCUGCGCAUCGCUGACGAAGCCCGACUACGUGACAUAUACAAGGAAGCCUCGCGACACGUCCUCGAUCAUAUGCAGCAGUGGGACCCGGAAGAGCUCGCAAUGCUGAGCGCAGAGACGUUGCUCAAGCUCGAAAGGAGGCGUACUUGGUUCCUCGAACGGCUGCUCAAGUUGGGUCUCACCUUGAAUCCAGGGAGAGACUUUCUAUGCCAGGCACACUGCCCUCAUCCGGAGGCUUGUGCGGCUCUACUACACGAGAGAUGGACGAAUGCACUCGCCGUCGCUACGCGCUUUGGCCCGCCGACGCCGAGCGUGGUCUGGCGACACUUGCGUGAACUCGAGACGGGACCUGCAGGAGGUGCGGCCUCGCUCGCUGCAAGCUCUGCAUCUAGCAGUAGCGGCUUGGGCGGCGUGGGAUCUGUGGGAGGUGGAGGCAGCGCGGGCGUAGCCGCAUACGGGCCGAAGGAGCUGGCCGCUUGCCAUCAAGCGGCGAAAGCAUGGGUGCAGGUGCUCUUCGACCGGAUGUUUGAGUUGAGUGGGUCGCUCAUCGGAAGGGGUGGGGGCAAUCCGAGAUUUGUCACCAUCAAGCUCGAUUCGUAG